AUGGAAAGAAACUUAGAAACAACACCUCCAUCUUCUACAAAAUCGCUUGAAGCUGGCGAAGAAAAUGAGCUUCUAAUAGAUCAGAAUAUCAGACUCUCUCACCGUUCAACCUCCACCCCCACGGCUGCAAAUCCGAGUCAACGAAUUAUAUCACCGGAGAUGAUAAGACCAUUUUCUAAAGCGGGGCCAAGACAAAACACGAAACGAAAUAAUAGAAAAAUGUCAUCUGCUAUCGUAACCGACUCUCCCGAAAGGAACAACAUAGAGGAGAAAGAGUAUAGUGCAAAGAAACCAAAAGUUACUGUUGAGAAAAUGACUACUUAUAUCUCAUGCCUUCAAUGA